AUGUCAUCAUCAAAGAUAUCGAAUAAUCCAAAUGAUGAAGUUUUAAGACGAAUUAAAACAGUUUCCAGUAUGGAUGGAUUGGAACAAUUUGCAAAAUCAACAGAAAGAGGAAUUAAUGCAUUAAAAGAUAUAAAGAGAUUUUUUAAACUGAGAUCACAGAUAGAAGAGGAAUAUUCAAAGAAAUUGGCAACUCUAGCCAAGUUUGAACCGACAGUCACUGCCGGUUGUAUUAGUUCAACGAUAAUGGAUGCAUGGGCACAGGUCAGACAGGAGACUGCUUGGGAAGCGGGCUAUCACGAGACACUCUCUAAUAAUUUGAAUGACGGCAUCGUCAAUUCCAUCGAUACACUGGUGUCUAGUCUGGAGAAACGAAACACAACUAUAAUGACCGACGCCAAGCAUUCAUUCAACAACUACUCGGACAGCGUUCAACGUCUGCGGAAAACGCGUCAGACAUGCGAGCGUGCCUUUAAAGACAUGGUUGGCGAUAGUGGUUCGCGAAACACCGCCGGCGACACACAGAAAAUCAAUCGUCGCGUUCUCAAACAGAGUCAAGAUGCGAUCAAGUUUGAUCGUGAACACCGCGAGCAAGUCAACGAGACGAAUUCGCUACAAUCCACUUUCUUUGGCUCCAUCAUCCCAAAGACAAUGGUCGAGUUUUACAAGAUGGAAAUCUACAGGUCACACAUGUUGAAGCAAUAUUUUCUAAAGUUUCUAAACAUGGUUUAUCUCCCGGACAACUACGAUGCCGAGAUGUCGGGACUGCGCGAUCGACUCACAAACCUCAGCACCGACAACGAAGUCAUUGACUUUAUUCAGCGCAUCAAGCCAUCGGUCUCAACCGAAGCCAACCCACGCCCGUUCGAGGUAAUCGACUUCCGAACGGCUGCUGCCUCCAUCUCUGUUUCCGACUCUAGCAACAUACCAUCGUCUUCACUUCUCUCACAAUUCCCAACACCAGCAUCCUCACCUUCCUCAUCGAUCGACGAGAAACCACUCACUCCAACCAAAGACAAAAAAGACAGACUAUCGGUACACAUUAAAAAGCGAUGGAGUACCAGUUUCAACUUUUCCUCUUCAUCAAAGAAACAGCUACAGUUUGGAGUGUCGUUGGAGGACCUGAUGAAUGCGCAGCGAAAGACACACCCAACACUUGAAAUUCCACAUGUUUUGGUGGUGAUGAAACGCAGAAUGAUAAAGAUGAAUGCCUUCCAAACCGAAGGAAUAUUCAGAGUGCCAUCGCGUCUUGUCGAUAUCGACUCUACCAAGAAACAAAUGAAUGAUAAUAACUUUGAUCUAUCGCUAGUCGAGAAUGUACAUACCAUUUCAUCGUUGUUGAAACUGUGGAUUCGUGAACUUCCCGAACCUCUCAUUCCUUUUGGAAUGUACGAUUCAGUGAUCGGUGCACUCAACGAUCCAAACGAGCUGAUCAAUCAAUUCUUCAGACUGCCUGUAUACAAUCAAAGAGUACUCUCCUAUGUCUUGGAGAUCAUGCGACUCUGUGCAGCUCCAGAGAAUAUUAAAGCAACUCUAAUGACAUUCGACAAUCUCUCUACUUGUUUCGCGCCAUCCAUUAUACGUACCAGUUCUUUAGAGUUGUCGAAUGCAAUGGAAGGUCUAACCAAAGAAAUCUCUGUUAUCAAAUUAAUGUUAGAGGUCGUUCCACCACUUCCAAUCGACGAUCGUAUCGAACCAUCGUCUGGAUCGACAUCCCCACAACUGACAUCGACAAACCAAGGUUCCUCGGCAUUAACACCACCUCGUGCUGGCAACAGCAUUCCUUUCACCUCACCGCAAUCCAUCAGUGCUGCUUCCGCUGGAAGUAGUGGCAGUAACAGUAGCAGUCGUAGCAUUCCAACACCAAUCAUUCAAUCACCUAAAUCCGACCAGAUAUCGUCGCCUAUGAAUACACCUUCGAGUCCACGCUCACCUUCUCUCAACAGCCAAGGUUCUUCAUCGACACCGAUCGACAUACCACACGGUCUCUCACCAUCCACCAUCUCACCCAACAACAGUCUGGUGGAAUCACCUUCACUUGCCCUCGAAGACUAUCCAAUCCAUGAACCAGCCAAACAUCUCAUUGAAGAUUUCCACUCGAAUAUGGUUCAAUUGUAUCUGGAUGUCAGUAGCGGUGCAGAAGUCAGUGCUUACUCAGCGAUGACCGUGUCUUACACCAUUGUUAAACUUACCCGUUGGCUAGAGGAUUUCGUUACCAAUACAUUCCAAGUCGAUUCCUAUGAGUCACUUCUUUUGGAAAUCGAAAAGAACAACUUUAUUUCACCACCACCCGUCAACUUUAAGGUUGCAUCAUCAACGCCCUGCUUACGACCCAUUGAACUUUCCAACAUGAUUCCAGCGGCAUUGAAGCAGUGGAUUUUGAUUUUCACAUUAGUUGUCAACUAUGCAUCACACUAUCUCUGCUAUCUCGGUGGAAUGGUAACCGGUAGCACACCAAAAGAACAACUGCAGCAAGUCGAAGACUUUUUCAACCGUAACAAACUUAUUACACUCUCAGAUGUAUCGCAAUCCUCGCACAAUGGAAUCGAUAUAAAUGCAUCGAUAAAGUUGAUCUAUGGAACCGUUGAGAUGUCAGGAUCACACCUACCAGAAACCAUACAAAAACAGAUUGCUCAACAUCCAGAUUUAACAGAAUCAUUACAAUUACAAUUUAAACAAUCAAUGUCAUUAGAAAAUAAUAUUACUAAUAAUAAUCAACAACUACAACAACCAACUAGUAAUCCACUUUCAAUUUCAUCAUCGAUAUCAGCACAACGACAUGAAAAUACAUUCCAAAUGGAAGAGGAAGAAGUAAUGGAUGAACAACUCUAUGAGGAAGAUGAAGUACAAUUGACUUCAAGUAACUCAAUUACACCACCCAACUUGUUAAAGUCAUCAUUGAACCAACAGGAUCUCAUUAGACAAUCGACAUUUUUAGUUAUCGACAAGUUGAACGAAAGAAAGAAUAUGGUUGUCAACGAAGAUUGGAGUGAAAAAGAACAACAGGUUGCACUCUCCUUGAUUGCCAAACAGAUGCAAGCAAUCAAAGUUGGUUUAGAGAGUUUUGUAGUUGAAAUUGGAGUGCCCGUAGCACCAGAGGUUAGAUCAGAUGAGAAAGCACCAACAGCACACGGUCAAAUCGUUAUUUUCACAAAGAAUUUCAUAGAGAGAUCCACACAACUGUUGCGAGCUGUCAUCAAUUCACUAAACACCCUAAACUCACAACUCUAUGAACAUUUAGUUUCAAAAUUAUUCGAAAUUAAACGUCUUUUAGAAAAUUAA